AAAGUCAGUUCCAAAAAUGAAAGCAACAACUUUGACAAGACUUUAGAUAUAGAUAGUCGUAAAUGAUUUUAAUAAAGAUUCAGUUUUGCACGAGACGUGAAUACGAAGUAGUAGCGACACGAUAAUGAACUAACUCUACUUCAGUUCUGUCCUGGCCCAACAUUUAGGAAACACGGCUGAACUUACUUUGCCCCGGGGGUAACUAAACUCACAGUUAGGGUUUGUUGGAGUAUAUGCAGUAAUUCACCGGUGAAUAGGACAGGCUGAAUAGCUCAAUACAAUCGCAGCUUGUGAAGUAAACAUUGCCGCAUUGUUAACCCGUGUUUUGUGCUCGCCUUGGAUGAACGUGUUUCUUUGGAUCCAGCGGGUUAAAUUUAGUAAAAGCGGGAGUGAAUUUCAAGUCUUGACUAAAACUUACCAGAAACGGUGGGUCCGACCGGAUUCCCCGACCUCGGAGCUUGUUCUCAGGCCGGACGCCGUGUUUUCCUCCGGGUGUGAAAGCUACGGCUGCUGCCUGUCUUCUCUCAGCUUCGCGGUGGAGGCUACUUUCCGCCGACAGAACCGCUUAAAUCCCGAGGGCUGUGGCGUCUGAAAACAUGGCUCUUCGUGUCGUUUGUCGUUAAAGUUUCAAUCUCCGGGAGGCAAAUAAAGCGCCAGAGAGGUUUUUUCGAGCACAGACCAUUGUAGAGUGAGAGACGGAGCGGAUUACAGGCUGAUCUGAGCGUCCUCCGCCACACACCGCCGUGUCAUCAAAUACCGCUCCGGGAAACUGCGCCAACUACAGGCAGCGCGCCGCAACUACAGGAACGUGAGAACCGUGGCUUUGGAGCGCCAUCUGAUGGAGAAACUGCGGUAGCGCUCUAUCCAGUGCUUGAUUAUGUUGAUGCUGGAGAAAAAAACAGACCUGUACACUGGUCCCCUCCCUCUUCUUGAUGACCCUUAGAAUCUUGUCCUGCCUUCACGCCCUCCUCUACCUCAUUCUCCCCUCUGACUGUCUAAACCUAAACAUGUCUUGGACCUAUGCAUCUCUGCUGGCUCUGCUUACUCUCAUCUGUGCUCUGUCCUUGUCCCCAGAGGCUGAUUCUGCAGCUGUGCCCACUGAGAAGGACGCACAAGAUGCAAAAGGCCCUCUCAAAAAGAUCUUCUUGAAGGAGGCUGAUGCUUCAAACUUCUUCAGACGCCGCAGCAGGAGAGCGUCCAAGUCCCAGGAUGAGCUUAAUGCUGAACAGAGGCAGGUCUUAGCUGCAGAUGAGAGGAGGAGGGAGUUUCAUGAGGAGAAAAGAAAUGAGUACGAGAACCACGCUGAGGAGCAAAGUGAUGAACAAGACGAGCGCACCAGGGAGAGCACGGAGCAGUGGAGGGAAUUUCAUUAUGAUGGCAGAUACCCUCCUCAAGAGUACAACCGCCAGUCCAUCUGAGAUACAAACACACGGGACAAGCAAUAGGGAAGUGGAAACCAUAGUGGCUAUUGUAGGAAGUGAGAAUGUAACUGUAUUUCAACAUAUUUUACUUUCUUUUAAAAGUACUGAAAAAUAAGUCAGAUAUAUUUACUAGUACAGAACUAACUUGUGGUUUACUGAUUAUGAAUGAAUGUUUUAACCCCUGUCAUGCCAGUUAUUACAUAUUAUUUGUUGACCUGUUUUACUAUAUUCACUUUU